AGUCAGCGUGCCCGUUGCCCUGGCAACGCCGCGGCCCUGGGCCCGCUCCCGGGGAGCAGGAAGCGCCGGCCCGGCCCUGACACCACACGGGCCACCGGCUCCUCGCCCCGCCGGGCCGCGGCCUGAGCCCGACGCCGCAGUUUGAGAUUUUGUCCCAGGAGCGUCCCUGGCCUCACCUGGCAUGGAGGACGAUCUCACCAGGCCUGCGAGCCCGGCAGGGCUCUCCUGGUACAUGGCAGCCUCUCAGCUGUUAGGUUUGACUGUGAUCGCCAUGACCGGCGCCUGGAUGGGCCAGUACCGGGGCGGUAUUGCUUGGGAAAGCGUGCUGCAAUUCAACGUCCACCCUCUCUGCAUGGUCAUUGGCAUGGUCUUCCUCCAAGGGGAUGCUCUCCUGGUUUACCGGGUCUUCAGGAACGAGACCAAGCGCUCAGCCAAAAUCCUCCACGGGCUCCUCCACGCCUUCGCGCUGCUCAUCGCCCUUGUGGGGGUGAUCGCCGUGUUCGAUUACCACAGGAAGAAAGGCUUUGCAGACAUGUACAGCCUGCACAGCUGGUGCGGAAUAGCAGCCUUCAGCCUCUACUUCAUCCAGUGGCUCGUGGGCUUCAGCUUCUUCCUGUUUCCUGGAGCGUCCUUCUCGCUCCGCAGCAGAUACAAACCACAGCACAUCUUCUUCGGCGUCUUCCUCCUCGCUCUCUCCAUCGCCACCUGCCUCCUGGGCAUCAAGGAGCUGCUCCUCUUCAGUAUCCAGGCCACCUACAGCUCGUUCGUGCCUGAAGGGAUCCUGGCCAACGUCCUGGGCCUGCUGCUGAUCGUCUUUGGCCUGGUAAUCGGCUACAUCCUGACGCGGGACGAGUGGAAGCGGCCGCCCCUGGCUGAGGAGCUGGCCCUGUCCAUGGAUUUUAAAACCCUCACUAAGGGGGAGAGCCCCAGCAGCAGCCAGUGAUGGCUCCCUGGCUGGGGAGCUCUCCCCAGAGGCAGGGCCGGGGUGGACGUUGUGGUCGUUGCUCACUCCUGCAUGUACUAGCCCCUCCGGUGUCUGUUGCUGGUGUGUUGGUGUUGCUGUGACCUCUCUGCCACCUGCUGGUUGUUACGCAUACAGCUGGCGCGAGGGGGGGGCAUCUGCUUUGACCCCCCCGUCUCCAGGGGAGCUGUGUGCCAAUGCAGCAGCUCCCAGCCCUAUCCUGGUACUAGGCAUCAUGUCGCUCUGGGACACUGGGUUGUGCCAUGUUCUCCCACUGAGCCCUUAUGCCAUCCAUGGCCACUCCCCUGCCACCCAAAUCAUGGGGGAUGGGCUUCGGAUGUGCCAGGCUCAGGGGCAUUCCCAGCUGCUGGGCAGGGGUUGGAUCCCUCGCCCCUCAAGCAGGGUGGCAGCAUUUCCAUGUCCCAGCCUGUCUGGCACGUUAGCUCGAGGCCCACUAACACGUCUAACUCAAGUGUGGACGAAGGUCAGGGCCUGGCUCGCUCCUUCAGUUGCCUGCACUGACUUCUUCUCCCUCCUCGCGUUCACUCAAUGCCAAGCGGUGGGUCUAGCACCACGCUCCACGGCAGCCAAACCCAGUCCUCGAGGACCCUCGUUUUAAACCCGCCCUCACUUGCAUGCAAAGCUUUUGGUGUCUCUCUGGCUAGGGUAUUUUUAAUGAUCACUUGGUAUGUGUGUAGCCCUAACCGGUCUGCAGCCCCCUGCUGGCAGCAGCACCUAUCUCUGAUCAGUCAGCGCGGAAGGGGGCAUGUACAUGUGCUGUUGUCUGCCCCGGGUAAGAUAACCCCUCCCCCCCCUUAAACCCAGCCUAAACAUCAGUGUUUUUAGAAAUCCUCAUCGCUGGUGCCUCUCGUUCCCGCCGGGGCCGCCCCAGCUCCAUUCUGCUGAGAUAAGGCGGCGCUUCGGCCAGCUGAUGUCGAGCAGAGCAGAAAUGCAGGGUUGGGAAGGUCUAGUGACUGGAGGGGCAGUGAAUUUUUUUAAAAUUAUGUUCAAGUGAAGGCCUGGUUCCCCCCAGCUCUCACUGCAGGGAGCACAGUCCCUGUCUGCCCGAGUGACCCAUGGGCAGCUGCCAGUGGCUUUUCUUAACAUCUAAAAUGCAAAACUUUCCCAUCUGCCCCUUUGUUUGCUCGGCUCUGUAAGCAGCUGCAGGACUACAGGUGUUGACAGGCCGUGCUGGUGCCUAGUGAUACUGCAGCAAAGGCCUCGCCUCCCUGCAGGGUCUUUGCACAGAUCACCUGUUAAAUAUUCCCUUCUUGCAUGACUGAAUCAGGGACUAGCCCCACUCUCCAAUGGAGCUUUGGACGCAGAGCUCGGCUGCCCCUGGCUGAACAGUGCAUGGGGUCGAGGUUAGCAGACUAAGGCCCUGUUUCCAUUUGGCUGCUUGAGAACCUUCUAGCCAUGCUUUCCUCAACGGGUGGUCGAGCACCCUCCACAACUGUUAAUAGUGCGCACCCAGCUCCCUGGUGAUCCAGGAUGCUGUGUGCGAUAACAGCUGUACCCUGGCCAACUUGUUUGUAACACCAUUGCUUCACUCUACAACACAGGUGUUCAAUCUAAAGCAUUUCAAAUGGAGACAUGUCCCCCUUAGCCAUAGUUUGCAGCCCCCCAGGUGGCCACAGAGCACAGGUUGAAAACUACUCCUGUUUCAGGGGGUCUGCCAAGCGUGCUCGGCAUUAGGGCCCUGAGCAGAAAGCCAAAGUUGUCCCGCACAGGAGUGAAAGAGAGAGUGCAGGGCCCCUUCCCGCCAGCCCUGGCUUUUAUAUGCAGAAAACCAGUUGUUGGGGCACAGGUGGGCUCUAGCAGAUAACUGCUGGGGGGGAGGAGCUUUGACAGCCCUGCCCGAGCUGUUAAUUAGCAGAUACCGUUUGUAAACCCAGAACAAAUUUAUCAUGUGGCUGCUGAUUCUCGUUGUAAACAUUUCCCCAGCCUCUGUUCAGUGCAGAUUCUGACUCGUUCCCCUAAAGUGACCUGAGGGUUUGCUUGUCCCACUCCCACCACUGCCUCCCUUUCACACUCCCCCUGCUGAGCAGAGAGGGGCUGGGCCUCUGGAGUGAUGCUGGCUCUGUUUACCUCAGCACUCAAGCUGGGCCCCCAAAAAUCACCAGGCCCCUGUGAAAACUUCCGCUCACAUUUUACUUCCACUGCCAGAGACACACUUAAGUAAACGUCCGUUUGGAACUUCUGUAGUGAGCGAGAUCUGGCUUGCGCGUUUGCUAACACUGCCAGGGCGCCUGCCCGGUUUUUGAAAGACAGCCGUCAUCCCCUGUCCUGACUGUGGGAAGAAAAGGGGAGCAAAUGUGUGGUGCGUGCAGAAAAAAAUUGUGCAAAACUAUUCUGGCCAGUGUUUGAAAUUCUCUCUCCCCUGACUUCAGUGGAGUCAGGAUUUCACCCACUUGUUCGGGCUGAUCUUGUGUCUCAGGAGAACCGAUGCAAGUUCCUUUAGUCUGAAAAACAACUGGCCAACUCCGUACGGUUUGCUCAGACAAGUAACACCCUGCUAGGGCCGUGUUUCCCUUCUCAGCCGUGCACUCAUCUCUCACGGCCAAAAAAAAAAAAAAAAAAAGCUUGUAUCAGAGGGUGUAAAGUCCCCUGGAAAAAUGCCUGCCAGCGAUGGGCAUUUGCAGCAGAUUCUUGUACUGCAGAAACCUCUCCUCUGCCAAAUGCAUAUUCCUGAACUGACCCCAAAUGCUGCAGCUAACGUUUACACGGGCGAAUAUUUUCUAGGCUGUUUUAAAACCAAAUGAUCUUUAAAGCCGCGUCGAAGGAGCCGCAAUCAGUGCAUUGUGCUGGUGGCUCAUAAAUGCUAGUAAGGAAAACACAUGUUAAUGAAAUGCUGCGCUAAACAGUCUCUGUUUGAACUCUGUUUGCCUGUACUGUACUGCACCUGAGUCAAUAAAUCCUGGUAACUAG